UCUAACCUUAACGAUAGCCUGGCCGGUUUGUUGUUAAAUAUAAAUAUUCUGUCAACGGAUUUAGUGAUCAUGAUAAUUAUUUUUCGGAAGCUUACAAUUAUUUACAACUACCUACGUUGUCACUUGUGAUAUGUAAUUAUAUGGUUUGUGGUAGUGAUAUCUUGUAUUUUCAACGUCCGAAAUGGCUCCAACGUAUUAUAAAUACUGUAUAACUCCUAUGUGUUCUAAUACCACCUUCACAACACCAGAAAAAUUAUUUAUAAGGGUCCCGGAAGAACCCUCAAGGCGAAAACAGUGGUUGGAAGCAUGCAAAAGAGAUCCAGCCAGUUUACAGUCGAAAAGUAGAGCACACGUGUGUGAGGACCAUUUUAACCUAAAAGAGGACAUGAAAAAUUUUUUGAAGUUCAAACUAGUGGGGGGAAAAUUAAUUUUGAAAGCGAAUGUUGUGCCUCACAUAUUCGAUUUUCAACCAAAGAGGAAACGAACGUCAUCACAAUUAGCAGCGCCUGCCACAAUAACGCAGAUCAAUCGAAGUGGUAUGGAUGAUGCGAUUGCUUCUACAUCAUUUACUGAGUGUACAGCAUCUAAUGAAACUAUUUUCGCACCAUUUACUGGACAUGUUAUCUUCCAAGAAGUAUCUUUACUCCCGAUAGUUGCCGCUGAAGAAGUUAAAAAAACUUAUAGGGACAUUGGAGUAUCUGUCAAGCCACAUUUUAGAAGUAAAUACGUUCAGACUCGAAUAAAUAUGAAAAACGUUAAUUUAUCACCGUUUAAGUUAGAGACUAGGGCUGUGGCAACGAGUCCUCUGAAAUUUGGAUCUUUGUCAUCUAAUUCACAAACUUGUUCUGAUUUAUCAACUUUAAACAAUGACUGAAUAAUUUAAGAACUAGUAGUUUAAAAGUUUUCUGUACAUACAUACGACUUUUUUACGUUGUGUCCAGUUACUGGACAAGUAUUGUAAAAUUGACUAUAAAUACAAAUUGGUAAUGGUCAAAUAGGGACCCCCGAGUCGAUACAAAUUUUACAGUGCAGUUUUUUUCAGUCUCACUGAUCUUACAAUGAGAUUUUGUUAUUUGACCAAGGGUGAGCCACAAGAAGGGGACACUAAAUGAACGUUUCUUUUUUUUGCAAUUUUCUGUAUUUUUAAGGUAAAUAAAUGUAUGCAAAUUAA